AAGGAGUGCGUGAAAAAUUCACUGAAUUUCCACGGUCAGCAGUUAUCCAAAGUCUGGGAAACUGAAAGAAGCGCCGGAGAGCUAGAGAAGCUAGGCAUUGAGGAAGUUGACUACUCAGUCUAUCUUGGACGAAAACUUAGAAAUUUUAAAAUGGAAAUGAAUGAUUUAGAUUGCCAAUCAAUCAAAGUGUAUUAUUGUGAAGCCAUUAAAAAGCUAAUAAGCACGGUCCAUAAGAAAAUGGAAUUAAACAAAAGUAGCUGGAGUGCUAAGCAGUCUGGAAGAACAGCACAUCUUGUAUGCUGUCGAGCCAAGCAAUACUUAAUGCUGCAGCCACAUCUUCUUUUCUCGAGAUAUACAAUGCACAGCCCUCUAAACAAUAUUAUGAUCACGUGAAUGAUCAAUUGAGACCAAAAUGCCAUCCAAAAAUCAAAAAGUUCAGUUUACAGGAUCGAAGUAAACGCCUUAAAUUGCACCAGUUUAUCGCUCAGAAGGCCGACGAACUAUUCGACUCGGAUUUGCUCAAAUGUAAACGCUCAGCUUUGAAAUUGGAAGGCGAGCAGGAUGGAGAAUACUAUGCCUGCCUGCCUCCCUACGAGCUUUUCCUUCGACUCGACAAGUCCCAAAGGCUAGUCCACUUUUUCCGAUGCGUCCAGCCUGAGGAGCUGCUUAUUUGCAUAGUCACUUCAAAGAAUCUUGUAGGGGUUUGUUUGAAGGUUCUUUGCUCAGAUGGAGUCACUCAAAGAUUUGUUGCUGACCUCAAUGUCAAAGCAUUCCUACCAACAAGUGGGAUGCCGCAGGGGCCCGUGGUCUAUGACAAAAAGAACCAGCCCCGACAAAUCAUGCAACAGGAUGUCGUCAGAGUUAAGGUCGUGGAGGUUGGCCGAGACUCUGAAAAAUUAAUUGUCACCAUGCUUGAUGAAGAUUCUCAACCUGGCCAAGCCUUAGGUUUAAUAUUCACCGAUGAUUUGCCAGAAUCUUACAAGCCGCUCACCAAUAUGAAGUCUUGGCUAUCGGACUGGAAUCAAAACCCAGACAAGAUGAUUGAGAAGGGAUCAUCUAAGAAAUCUGAAGUCUACUCCGAAAUUUUAGAGUCAUCAUCUGGUUUCAAAAAUCCUCAUAACACAAAAUUGUUGGAGGAAAAACUGGGAAUGAACCCAGAUUCGCCUGUAACUCUGAUGAAAUCUCUCAAAAAUCGGUUCCCGAUGGAAGAAUAUGGUGGAGAGCUGCGCAAGACUCAGAAUGCAAAGUGGGCCAUGCAGUCGGUGAAUGAAGGAAUUGUGCAUUUCAAAGCUGGCCAAACCACCGAAGCAUUCCAAUGUUUGAAUUCUGCUUUGAGCAUAGACCCACAUAAUGUUGAAGGAUUGGUCGCACGAGGAGCACUGUAUGCAAACGGCACAGCAUUCACAAAGGCCAUUGAAGACUUUGAAACGGCUUUAAAGGUUGAUCCUAACCAUCCGAAUGCCCAAGGUUAUUUGGCCGAAACUCUAGUGGCCUGUGGACGAGAGCUUGAGGAUGAGAAGAAGUUUGACCAAGCCCUGCAGGUUUACAAACGAGCUCUUACCAUUUCGCCGUAUCACAAGGAGGCGCAGGCAUCACUGCGUUACCUUGAGGAAAAGCUGAAGAAUGCUGGUUUGAACAUAGUGGUUGACAAGCCGAUUGCAAUGGACACCUCAGGGCUUCUGAAGCCAGGGUUUGCUGGAAAGCCAAGAGACACUAAGGAAAAAGGACAUUCUAGCCGCAAGAAGAAGAAGGACAGGAAGAAGAAGAAAAGCAAGAAGCGUCGUCACAGGUCAUCUUCAUCAUCUUCCUCUUCAUCUUCUGAGUCUUCAUCUAGCUCAAGCUCCUCAAGUUCAAGUUCAAAGUCGUCAUCAGGUUCAGAUUCUGACUCUUCAACCAAGAGACCGAGUAAGAAAAAGAAGAAGAAGCAUUCUAAGGAUAAGCAUGAGAAAUCACUUUCCCCUUUUUCUAAGAAGCUACAGAAAGAGGGAAUUCCUGCUCCUGUUCCUCCACCUCAGCAGAUUCCGCUUUACACAGCUGACAAGGACCUCCCAUUCCAACUCAAAGCUAGCACAUUGCCACCAGUGAAGGAGGUUGAGAAGAGUGAGAGCUUGGAUCCUGUGAGGUUUUUGAUUUCUUCUUUUGCUGAUCAAAUGGAACCUGGGAGUGAAGAGAAGCUCAAGAAGUUCAUCGAUAACCUAAAGAAACCGAAAGAAAAGGAGGAAAAGAAAAAGAAGAAAAAAGAAAAGAAGCAGAAGGAGAAAACCAAGAAGAAAAAGGACGAUAAAAAGGGAAAGAAAAAAGGUCAUGGGGAUCUUGAUGACAUUGACAUGGAUGUUGGGAGGGCAGCCAGGAAAGAGGAUUCGGACAGCUCUGAGGAUGACGACAGGACAAAGAAAGUUGGCAAAAAAAUGGACCUGAGUCCUAACCCAGAGUUAGGUGAAUUAGGCAGUAAAUUGAACGCUUACUAUGCUAAGAUGGAGGAACAGGGAAGGAUGAGACCUGAUCCCAAAGACGAUGAAUAUGGUUACACCACUAAGCAGAAACAAGCAACGCUCUACAGUCCAGAUGCUGAGCAAAGUCACGGUCACUAUGCUUCUGCUAGCAGUGCUGGUGCAGUCCCUAAACAGCCCUACGUGGAGAUGCCUCCUUCCAGAUGGACAUAUGACGAUGAAGGUUCUAGCAAGCAAACGUGGGGCUACAAGGGCUUUGACCAUGGCUAUGAGUACGAGAACACCCACAGCGAGGAGUACAACAAGCAAGCCGCUAGUCCGCCAGCUGGUCGCUUCACUGGCUUCCGCAUCAACAAGAAGGAGGAGAAGGUCGAGAUGACCAACAUUCUGCCUGAGGAAGCACCCCCGACCCCGGAAAAGGAGGGAUCAAAGUACCAGAAAAGGCCGACUUCUCGUUCCCGCAGCCGCUCCGCCAGCUUUUCGAGCAGGGACUCCCGCAGACGUAAACGGUCAGGUUCCCGUUCAGGUUCCAGGUCGAGGUCAAGGUCCUAUGGCCGCAGAUCGCGGUCUCGCUCCUACAGCCGUUCAAGGUCCAGGUCCUUUGAUCGCAACAGGAGGCGCUGGGUGCCCCGUCGAGGAACCUUCUACAAACCCACCUUCCAACAAAACUUCAGAGGUGGAAGACCGUUCAGGGGAAGGUUUACAAGGAGACCUUUCCGACCAUUCAAUAACCGAGGAAGAGGACGAUUCUUCCAGCAAAGGAGGCGCUUCAGCAGAUCCCGUUCAAGGAGUGAUGAAAGGCGCAGCUAUGACCGUGAAAGAGAGCGCCGUCAUUCUUCUGGCUCUGACAUCGAGAAAGCGCCUCGCAGAGAGAGGGACCCGAUUGACAACCGUAGGAAUGGACAAGGUGGCAUCUACAGUGACCGCGAGGAUCGUGAAAUGGACGUUCCUCUGCCUCCUGGUCCCCCUCCUGAUACCAAUUAAAUAUCAACUGGUUUUCUUAACAAUUGAACACUUAGUAAUAAUGAUUUACGUCUUCAGCCAUCCCAUUAACACAUUUUCCUUUUCUUGCAAACCAAGUUUUGGCGAUGUCUUAAUUUCCGAAUGUUUAAUUAUGACACUUUAAAAUUUCCCUGAUUCCUGACACAACAUUUAUGAUAAGUGCAUAAUAUAUGGGGCUAAGCUGCUGAAUAAAAUAAUUCAACAAAGGU